GAAGUGAGAUACGAUCUAGUGGGUUUGAUAAAUGAACUCGAAUUGAUUUUUAUAGUCAAAUUAAUUCGUUCACAUAUGCAUUUUUAGGAUUUUUCCAAAAUUUUCAAUUUUGUCGACUUCGAACGAAAAACAAGAAUAAUAUACCAGUAAUAAAAUAAUGAAUACUUUAAAAGAGUACAUUUGUAGUGAAAAAUUGUGUAUCUACUAAGUCAUUUCUGUAUCUAGUGUUUGCAAUGAAUGGAAAGAAUUAGAGGAUAUAUAAAUUCAUUCAAGGAUUGUAGUCAUCAAGGUAUCUAUGUGAUUUCGUUGAUGCGGCAAGCUGCAGCGUUGGCUCGCGGUGAGGUUUUCUGGUUUUCCCAAGUUCCCUCAGAAGUCCCGAUGUUGUAAUACAGUAUUAAUGGAAGUCUUGGGCGAAUAGGUAAUAGCAGUGCGUGCAGAAGUUAAAUUCGCGAAUUAUGUCAACUGUUGACGAAGUAUUGAACUACAAGAGGAAGGAAGAGGAGGAUUUUUAUGGUCUAUUAGGCUGCGAUGAGAAUUCUUCGGUCGAGCAAAUCAACACCGAGUACAAGGUGCGAGCUCUCCAGUAUCAUCCGGACAAGAAUGACGGAAAUAAAGAGGCAGAAAUUAAAUUCCAACAGCUGAAGACUGCCAAAGAGGUGCUCUCCGAUCCAGAGAAGCGUAGCAAUUAUGACAAAUGGAGAAAUAGUGGUAUAGCAAUCAGUUAUCAGCAAUGGCUGGGAAUGAAGGAACAUGUUCAUCAGUCAAUGCACUGGAGCACACCAAAAACGAAGGAUCGCAUGUUGGAGUCCGGAGGCUCAUCUGGCCCCUCCUCUCUAGGCUCGGCCCCAAGCGCCCAUCGAAGAGCUUCAGAAGGGGGCGCCAACCUCCACUGGUCAGGACGUACAGGGGCUGGUUGGAACAACCCUCCUCCAAGCGAUAUCGUCAGUAAAUUUAGAAAUUACGAAAUUUAAGAAGUCCAACCUCGAUGUUCACUGUGGUGUUAUCCGAAUGUGUUUGUUCCCUUCCCCCGUUUAUUUUCGAUGUUACCAAUAGCUGCACCCAACUCAUUCCAACAGAGGAUGAGGAUCGAAGCGUUCUAUGUCACUGCAUUCCAAUAUAACUGUACCGGUUAGCUCCUGGACCUCUGUUAGGCCACCAGAAGUCCCAUAGUAUUUAGGCUAAACCUUUCGUGCAUCAACCCCCAAAGCCUGUGCCAUCAAUUCACAAUGCUUGUACUGGCAAUCCAUAGCCCUACUAGCAGGUCCUUUUAUUUCACAGACCAGCUAGAAGGGUUAUAUUUAUGCCUAUCCAUAUCAGUCCAUUAGAAUACGUCCGUUAUUGUUCUAUCAAAUUUACUGAGACAUAUAUGUAGCUAAGACAGUUUCUUUACAGCUGUUGAUUACUACCUUACUGCUUAAGAUUAAUUAUGCUUCUUACGUUCAAAACCUUCGUGCAUCUACCCACAGGUGCUGGUUCUUAUGGGAACAACUUUAAAGAAUGAGUGUACUUUUAGAUGAAUUGUGAUAUUUUGCUAUUUGGAUUAGGUCAUAUUUCUACAUUGAAAGAGAUUCCCUUUCAAUGAAGAAUGCUCCAAUCCUAUAGAUCGAAUCUUUUGACCUACCGAUUCAAAGAUACACCAGGGUAAAGCACAACAUAAUCUACUGUAUUUUCUUAAAUGUUUACAAAUGUAUGAGAGAAUCUCUAUGAGUGUGCUGGAUAAAAUCUUUCAUUAUAUGACGAGUGUUUUGAGAAAGAUAUAUUAUAAUGUAGGUAUAAAGAUAAAUAUGUUCGUUAUGGAGAAAUUUUAUCGCUGUUUUUCAAUGGGAUCUUCGAUAUUAAUAAGUUCGUUAUUAAAAUUCGAGUGGAGUAAGAUAUUCCACUUUGUGUCGAGUAAUAUUCGUCCCUUCUCUUGUGCAUUAUCUAGAGCAUGUAUAUGUUGUUAUCCAUGUUUAUUCUUGUUUUUUAUUUCUUUGUUACAUAUCUCAUAAACCUUGUGAUAGUUGAUGUUUGAAUGUAAAUAAACAUAAUAAAGAAAUCCUAUAUAAAUCACA